AUGGAGACACCCAAAAUGCAGAUGAGCACUUGCACUCACAAGGGACGCGCUUCCAUAGGUGCAGCGACCAUCAGGAAACUGACCACACACACUCCGGCGGGAGGUCUUCCUCACUUCCCUCCCUCCACCAAGAUCUCUCCCCAUCACCACGGACACAGUGACAAACACAUCAUCUCUGAAUUUGGACACUGGGGCCCCAUUUCAGAAGGUCACAACCUUCACACCAGCUGCACGUACUUGUUUACAGGGACGGAUGCCCAUAACAUGUCUGCAUGGAUUUUUGUCAACUGCAGCCUGACGCUGGGGAAGAUUCGUUGCUUUGGCUUCGACAUGGACUAUACUCUGGCGCCUGAAUCCUACAAGCCCCCAGCCUAUGAGGCCCUAGACUUUGAGCUGCUGCUGGAGUGCCUGGUGUGCACUGGGUACCCACUCGAGAUCCUGUGCUAUACCUACAACCCCACCUUCCCCACCAGGGAGCUGGUGUUUGAUGCACUCUGUGGGAACCUGCUGAAGGUGGACACCCACGGGAAUGUGCUGUUGGGUGAUGGCUUCACCUUCCUCUCAGAGGCAGAGAGCUGGAGCUUCUACCCCAGCAAGUUCAUUCAGACGGACGACAUGCAGCGCUUCCACAUCCUCAACACACUCUUCAACCUGCCUGAAACCUACCUCUGUGCCUGCCUGGUGGACUUCUUCUCCGGCUGCUCCUGUUACACCAACUGUGACGCUGGAUAUCAGCAUGGGAACCUCUUCAUGUCCUUCUGAAGCCUGUUCCAGGAUGUGGCUGAUGCCAUGAAUAGUGUCCACCAGCGGGGUGCCAGGGGGAUAGUAGUAAGGGCAGAGGUAGGCAGUGGCCCAAGCUUGGUUCCCUGGCCCUGCCCUGUCCUUGUGACCUACCUGUUCAGCACCAGUGAGGCUGAGGCCUCGGCCAGCCCCUGGAGGUCCUACUUCGACCUGAUCAUGGUGGACACGCAGCAGCCCUGCUUCUUUUAGGAAGGGAGGGUCAACAUGGACUUGGGGAAGCUAGGCGUGAGCACCUACACAGGGCCCCACCAGCACUAUGCUGUCUACUCUGGAGGCUCGUCCGACAUGGUGUAUGAGCUCCUUGGGGUUUGGGGGAAGGACAUCCUGUACAUUGGGGACCACAUUUUUGGGGACAUUCUCAAGUCCAAGAAGUGGCAGAGCUGGGAGACUUGCCUAAUGGUUCCUGAGCUGUCCUGGGAGCUGGACAUCUGGGCCCUGGAGAAGGAGCAGUAGGAGGAGCUGAACAGGCUGGACAUGCGCCUGGUGGACCUGUAUCAGCACAUAGAUGGGAGCAGUUGUGAGCUGCAAGCCAUCAACUUCACUAAGAGAGACCUACAGAUGCCACAUGAGUCGGUUGUAUAGCAAGAAUGGGCCAAUCUGGACCCUGCCUCCUGCCUCCUCUCUUGCAGCCAGAGGCCCAGCAGAGGGCUGGACACACUCCUGUUCAACAGUGGCUUGCUGGGGAAGCCUGUGGUUCGAUCCCUCUACCUCCUCAUCCCAUCAGGAUCCAGACUAGGGCAUUUUGACACAUUACCUACCUGUGGUUGGGAGUCACUGUGCAAGCUUGGGAAGAAAAUAUCCAUAGUCACUUUCUUUGUUUCUUAUAAGGCUGAGGGCAAAGAGAGAAGCAAGGACGAGGAGAGCUGCUGA